CUUCACCCACCGCGGGCAGCGGGGGCUUUCCGAGCGAGAACCGGGCUCGCUGUGCUCUCGCGCUUAGGAGCUGCACCGCCAGCCACGGCUUCGGCCUCUUGUGUGGAGCUGCCAAGAGGCAAUAAAAGAGGAACUACUUUCUUCUGCAGUCGCGCAUGCGCAGGACGGAGGAGUGAGGACGCGGCGGAAGACGCGUGCGCUGCCUCGUUGGCUGACGGCGCGGGUGGUGCUGCGUCUCGGGGUGAAAUCGCUGCGCGCAGUAGAACCGCGAGGGGAGCUGCGGUCGCCAUUUUGAAGCGGUUGUUGGGGGAGGCGGCGUGUCCGCUCCCGUCUGCCCGGCUCGGCCCCGUGCCCGCUCGCCCGCCCGCUCUCCGCGCUCCGGCCCUCCACCGCCGCAGCCAUUGCUGACCUUGCCAUGUCCGGAGGGGGCGUGAUCCGCGGCCCAGCCGGCAACAACGACUGCCGCAUCUACGUGGGGAACCUGCCCCCCGACAUCCGCACCAAGGACAUCGAGGACGUCUUCUACAAGUACGGGGCCAUCCGCGACAUCGACCUCAAGAACCGCCGCGGGGGCCCGCCCUUCGCCUUCGUGGAGUUUGAGGACCCCAGGGACGCGGAGGACGCCGUCUACGGGCGGGACGGCUACGAUUACGAUGGGUAUCGCCUCCGCGUGGAGUUCCCUCGGAGCGGCCGGGGCACCGGCAGAGGCGGCGGCGGUGGCGGAGGGGGCGGAGCCCCCCGGGGCAGGUACGGCCCCCCGUCCCGGCGCUCGGAGUACAGAGUGAUCGUCUCGGGGCUGCCUCCAAGUGGAAGUUGGCAGGAUUUAAAGGAUCACAUGCGUGAAGCAGGUGAUGUAUGUUAUGCUGAUGUUUUCCGAGAUGGCACUGGUGUCGUGGAGUUUGUACGGAAGGAAGAUAUGACCUACGCUGUGCGAAAACUGGAUAACACUAAAUUUAGAUCUCACGAGGGAGAAACUGCCUACAUCCGUGUUAAAGUUGAUGGCCCAAGAAGUCCAAGCUAUGGAAGAUCUCGGUCACGCAGCCGUAGUCGUAGCAGAAGCCGUAGUCGAAGCAACAGCAGAAGCCGCAGUUAUUCCCCAAGAAGAAGCAGAGGAUCUCCACGCUACUCUCCCCGCCACAGCAGAUCCCGAUCUCACAUAUCUGAAGAGAUGGAUUAAGAAUGCUUUGGAUUAAAGGAUUGUGGAGCACAUGUCAAUCAUUUUAGGAUUGUCAAAAGGAGGAUUGAGGAGGAUCAGAUCAAUAAUGGAGGCAAUGGUAUGACUCCAAGUGCUAUUGUCACAGAUGAACUUGGCAGUAUUGACCUUAUACUGAGAGACAGGUUAAUUGAGUACGUGCACCUACGUGUCACUUCAGGCAUGUUCUAGUUACUGCAGACUACAAUUGCUCUUCUCUUUAAAACUUUUUUGUGGGGCAAUUGUGGCUAAACACUUGCUUUUGUAAUUCUCUAUUCCAUUCUAGUUUUUUAAAGGAAUAAACUGGGACGGGGGUGGGAGUAUUGGUUUCCUUUGUCAUGCAGCAUUUGGUUACAAGUGUUAAUGUUAUGUAGUAUUCAUACACUUGCAGUAGAUCAAGGGUAUCUUCAAAUCAGAGUAUAAUAUCAAUACUGCUAAAAUCUGCAUGUCCUCUGUGUGACUGAUACAGCGUUGCUAUUUCAUUUUUUUUAAGUAUCAGAAUGAAAGCAAAAAUAGAGAACCUAGGUGGGAAUAAUUUCUUAAAGUCUCAGCCCUGCCCCCUCAGACUAAUUCGCAAUUGACUCACCGAUCUGUUUGAAAACUCCGGUUAGUUAAUUUUGUUACCUUCCAGCUGGGAGUGCUAGCUAUAGCUUAGACAUACAGUAGGUGGAUAGCUUUAGCAGUAAGCUUUUCCAGUUUCAUAAACAUUUUUUGCAACCACAAAA